CUACCGAUUCAAUUGGAAUAUGGUGAUUUCUGUGAAGUUCACAUUGGUCCUAGACGAUUUCUAAUAAUUUCAAAUAGUGUUGUGGCAUAUCCAAUUCACACCUCUUCAGUAGCACAUAAUUAUAAAUUCUUAUAUCGUGAUUUACCAAAUCCUGGAUUAAGUGAACUGGGCAUGGAAAAUUGUGGAAUAAUUGUUACUAGAAAUUUGGAUGAAUGGAAAAUCAAUCGCGAGUUUUUCAUAAGAAUAGCAAUGUCAAAAAGAUUUUUAAAAAUGAUUACAGAAAAAACAUUUGAAAAGGUUACAGAUAUGUUUAAAUUAUGGGAUAUUUUAAUUAAUGACAAGAGGGAAGUUGAUCUUUCUAAAUGGCUAGAAAAAUUUACUGGGGACAUAUCGAUCUCAACAUCAACUGGACUAUCUGCUUACACAAUGCUUUCUUAUUUUAAUUCGUUGGGAUAUAAACAUAAUCUCGAUUAUACUCCAUCUUCAGAAUCGGAACAGUCUUCGAAAUUAAUUUCUCUUAUUAAUUCCUUUUUUAAAGUUUCGCAAUGGUUCACUUUCGUCCCACCUUUUAUAAGACGUGCUCCUGGUAUAAACUACUUAAAUAACAAGUUUGCAAACAUUGUAAAAAACUUGGAAAACUUUUUACUUGAAAUAAUUCAAAAAAGGCGUGCGGAAAUUGAUUUAUUAUCCGACGAUACUUUACUGCCGUCCGACUUUUUAACAUUGCUUCUUACCGUCAACACACCACGGGAUCUAGAACAUGCUUUAUAUAAGUCAUUAAACCGAUCGUUGAAUGAUCAUGAAAUAUUCGGUGUUAUUAGAGACAUUUUUUUGGGUUCCAUUGAAUCG